AUGGAAUGGGAAAAAAACAAUGAAAUAAAAGAAUUACAAAGUAUUGAAAGGAUAAUGCCAGGAGUGGCAUCAAAUACUUUAUCUGAUGAAAGUUUGUAUAUUGAUGAAGAAUCUCUUAAAAGUAUAUAUCAUAUUAAAAAUGUUGAUUCUAUUAGUCGAUACAAUUUACAAAAAAUUUUUAUUGUUGUAAUUCAUGAAAAAAAUGACAAUUAUUUUUUGUAUCAUAAAAGAGAUGCAAAAAUAGCAUUUGAGAAAUUUAGAAUAUAUGGUGAAUAUAAUAAAAAUCAUGUUAAGGAUCCUAAAUAUUUAUCUAUACCAGUAAAAUUAUCAAGAAUACAAGUACAAGUAAUGAUUGAGCAAGGAGUUUGUUUAUUAUGUCAAAGAUAUGUUAAAGAAGAAUGUAAAGGGCAAGUUUUAAUACCCGUAGAUAUACCACCUGAAGAAGUAAUUAAAAAAAAUGCCAUAGCUGCUGUUAAAGGAAGAAAAAGGAAAGCUGUUCAAAAUUUAGUUAGUGUAAUUUGUAAUGAACAAAAUCUUGAAAAUCAAGAUAAUAAGAAUUAUGAUAAAUCAACAUCUUUUGAUGUAUCUACGGAGGAGGUUGAGGAAGCUAUUGAAGAAUUAAAAAAUAAACUUUGUCAACAACGUAGAGUAGUUAAAGAAGGUACAUUUGAAUAUAAUUUUUAUGGAUGUUACUAUUUACCAUGUGAAUUACCACCAAAUCAGGAUACUGAUAUUCAACGUUAUGGAUCAAAGCUUAAAGUAUUUCGUGAUUUAUGGAGAAAAGGAUUUUGGUUAGUUGAUGGAUAUAAAUUUGGUGGUGAUUAUCUUGCAUAUGACAAAAUACCUGUUGGAAAUCAUUCAAGAUUUAUUGUAAAUAUAAGUCCUUCAUCAAAAAAUAUUACACCAUUAGAAUUAAUAGCAGCAUUAAGAAUCGCAACACAAGUUAAAAAAGAAUUAUUAUUAGUUAUUACAGAUAACGAAAGUCUAUGUAAGAAUAUGUUGUUUUAUUCAUUUUUUAAAAGUUUGGUUGGAAGAGAGAUUGUUGUUGAAUUGAAAAAUGAUAUUGGUAUGUCGGGAAUUCUUCAAUCUGUUGAUCAAUAUCUUAAUGUGAAGUUAGAUCAAGUACAAGUUUUGGAUCCUGAAAGAUUUCCACAUUUAAUUACAGCAAAAAAUUGUUUUAUUCGUGGAUCAACUGUUAGAUACAUUCAAUUGAAUCCAAAAAAUGUAGAUACUGAAUUACUUCAUAAUGCUACUCGUAAGGAAAUGACUGCUCCAGUCACAAAAUAA